UGAAGUAAGCUAGAGCACACGGAAGAGAUUCCUGAAGAGCUGGAGAGCUGUGCGCCGUUUUCGAAAGCCGUUUUCCGGCCGGACUCACGCAGCGACCCACUGUCUUCUCCGGUUCUCACGUGUCCGCCCGAGAGGUGCCAUUUUCGGCUUGGGAUCGUCACGACGACCGCCCUCACCCACGGUUCUCCCUCGGCCGCCGAGAAUGCGCUUUUUUUCGGGCCGUUUGCCUUUUGGCUUUGACAUUUAAUACAGUAGUAGACGAGGAAAGACCACUGUUGACUGUGUCUAAAAAUGAUUGUAGCGGACAGCCGGAAGCCAAAUAAAUUAAGACGCCACUUAAAGACAUUAGACCCCAAUCUCAUUGAUAAGCCGCUUGGUUGUUUUUCAGCGAAAAUGUGCCGAAUAUUGCCAACAAUCGUCCCGCUUUGUCAGUGUUAUAUCUGUAAACCAGUGAGCACUGUUAGCAUGCUCAGUAUGCUAGCAUGCUCAAAUAACCCCACAUCAUUGCAAACUGGAGGUGAUACUGGGAGCUGCGAAAAUAAAACUGUCCCUCUGUCCAAAGACACUUUUUUUUCCCUCUUCUAUUCAGUUUUGUUUUUUCGAUCACAUUUUGUGGCAUAUUGUCCUCAUGAGUUAAUAUUUCUAAUCAAUUUGAAUUUGUUAUUAGUUCCUGAUUUUAUUUUUCAGUAUCAAAUGGUCAAAAAUGUACCUUGAGUGUUUGGAUGUGACUUUUUUUUUUUUUUUUUUUCAGGCAAAUUGAUGCGCGUUAAGUCUUUUCUGUUACAAACAAAACAAUGUUAAUAAAGUUAUACUUUAUAAGUUGAUAGCUGUUAUUUUCUCUAAUAGAAAAAAAUAUACAAUGUGAGGCAGAGGCGUACUUUUAAUAGUAAUAUUAUAGACAAAUGAUACUAUUUACAGAGUUUGGGGGGCGCGAAACAUUUACGUCUUCCUUGGGGGGUCGUAACAGAAAAUAAUUGAGAAGCACUGGUUUAAAGUAUUGUAUUUUGUCAAAUGAUGCCCUCUGGUGGCGGAGUUGGGUGUGUCUGAACUCUAGGCUUUUAUGACUGAGAAGCAGAUGUUUCUGACAUGGCUAUGAGACAGCUUAGCUACUUACUCUGGUUCGGCCCACUUGAAGCUGGUCACGAGAGGUCAAAGGAACGCUGCAGUGACAUCACACUCGCAGCUGGGGACGACCAUUGAGGGGGCGUGUUCACUGACACGGAAAAGCGGAGGAUCUGCACGGUUGGCGACGCUGAUGGCAGCACUGUCGCUGUUCGGCUCAUCUGAGAGCAAAGAGGAGGAGCUUAUUUUGCUUCUAAAGAAGGCCAAGCUCAGCAUAGCCAAGGGCGAGCUGGAAGCGGCUUCCUCCUUCCUGCACGCCGCCGCCGUCAUCGCGCAGCAAGAACGCCACCGAGCCGCCAUCAUCUACACGUACAGCCAGAUGGCCAACCUGGCGUACGUUCAAGGUCAACUAUUGGAGGCAGAGAAACUCUUCAAAGCGGCCAUGAGCUACAUGCUAGCUGACGGGAUGCCGCAGGACGACAACGCCUUCGUGGAGAUGUCGCUCAAACUCGCCGCCAUGUACGCUCAGCAGAACAAGCCGGAGCUCGCCGAGCACGGCUUUAGGUUCUGUUUGGAGACGCUGGAGGCCAAAGUGCAGAAGCUUCAGGAGACGCCGGCGCAUCAGCUGACAGAGGAGGAGGAGAUUCUGAGGAAGGACACACGUCUUCUGCUGGGUUUGUGUCUGGAUUCGCGCGCUCGCUACCUGGCGUCCACGCGGCGACUGAGUGGGGCCGCUGACGACUACAGUAAAGCUUUGGAAAUCAGCGCACAGGAGCAGGGGCCGCACCACCAUCAGACUCUGGUCCUGAUGAGCGACCUGUCCACCAUUUUAGACAUGCAGGGACGCCACGACGACGCCUUGGCACUGAUCCGACAGGCAGUGGACGCGGGAAGGGCAUCGGGACACCAGGACCUCCAUAUCCUCCUGGCCAACAUGGCCGCCAUCCUGCUGCACGCAGGCUGCCGCGACGACGGCAUGCGCCUUUUCCACGAGGCCUUGUCACUGGCACAGGCCGCCAAAGACGAGGAGGCAGUGAGGCACAUCCUGCAAGGGCUGGAGCGGACCACCGAAAACACAGAGACGAGGCCUGAGCAAGAGGGGGCGGAGCCACGAGUCACUUAGGAAGCUUUCAGACUAGCAUUGUUUGGUACAUUUUAAACGGGCCAGAGUUCUUUUUCGCAGAUAGUACGCUUCGUUUUGCAAAUGUGAACGCGCAUAGGAACUCUGGUCCGUUCAAAAAUCAUGGGUCUGCUUUAAGCACGCCCUGCUUCGCUUGUGAAUACAUUGCAUUACUGUGACGCUUCACGCAGGGCAUCCUUGGAAGCGGAAGUACAGUAAUCAUGGCCAAAUGUUGUUGUGCUGCGCUAAGCAGUUGUAUUUAAUACACACUCUUGUUCUAAUGUGGCGGCUGUUUUGUAUCCUGUUCCUGAACGGACUGUGUGCGCAUGACAGUGGUCAAGACACGCGGAGCCUCUCGGGACGGCUGUUUCGUGAAUCUCGCUCUCCAGGAAGUGGCGACAUUUUCAGGGUCCCCCCAGGAUUGAUAAAUCUAAAUUCAAGACUUUUAAGACCUUUUUUAAUGCCAUUUCAACUGAAAAUUAAUACUUUUCUCGCACCCAUUAUUUAGAUCAUAUUGAAUCAUAUUAAAUAAAGCACUGAACAUCAAAUUUAACCUCAAUUACUAAGUGUGUUUGACAAAAGAAUGCACAUAUAUUGAAGAUACAAUUAAAACACAUUUAAAGUAACAUUAUAAAGUCAAAAUUUUUUUACGCACACAAUAAUCAUGGACAAAAAGAGGAGGACAGGACCAGCCAUCUUCUGUAACAGGCUAGCCGCGAGUGCACCUGCCAAGACCCCAGUGAACAUGGCUAACUCUCGAGUUAAAACGGCGAAAUUCACAUUCAUUCGAAAGGCAAACCGAAAUGUUUAAGCGGGUCCACUGCCUUCGCAUGACCCAUAAACUGCAACCUAAAGUAUUUGGAUGUAACUUGAGCUCCUAUCACAUACUCCAAAACAACGGGAAUAUCGCGGGACUUAACCGUGCAGCAGUUGUGUGUGAAAACAAUUACCCGUGUCGACUGACAUGAGAAGCAGUGUGCGUGAAAGCAAGCGUUAAAUUCCCAGGUCACAGCAGAUGGCUGAUGACUUAAAUAUAGCGGCGGCCGAUGUAACUUCCUCCCUCUUCGCAGUAAGAGGAAAAGCGGUAAACAAACAUCGCAAGCUGGAAUGAGCUAAAUUAAACUGAAAACAUGAUCAAAAUUAAAAUGUCAAUUAUUACGUCAGGCCGGGCCAGGGUUCUUUCUCGCUAACUUUUUUAAAUAACUGUAUAUAAACGAUGUAUGAAUGAUAAACUAAGGAAUACUUGUUGUAAAAUAAAUAAUUUGGAUAAAAAAAAAAGGGACUGUAUGGUCAUUGCAGAGCCAGAGCGUGCCUAUACGCCCUUUGUAAUCUUCCCCUCUGCGAGUCCGCAAAACCGCAUGUUUAUUUAUAUUUAACAAACUUUUCCAGCGUUAUUUCGUUGUGUGAAUACAUUUAUAAUGAUCAUAAAAAUAUGUAGUCUAUUUAAACAUUAAGAAAUUGAGCGGGUUUUUUUUCUGCCAACUGAGAAUUCGUUACAAAAGACAGGCUUUUAUGCAGACAUCGUCACAAAUGUUAUCACACAAAACGCGGGUCGGGCUUUAAUACCCGCGGACCAGUUCGGGUCGGGCUGGACUUUUUAGGCCCGAUUUUACCUCUACUUUAAAGUCUUAAUGAGCUUAAAUUGGCUGCAGUUACGAAGUCGGGAAUGCUCCCUCCGGAAAAAAAAACACGACUUGAGCAACAUUAUGUUUAACUUUUCCAGCGUUAUUUCAUUGUGUUAAUGCAUUUAUAAUGGUCAUAAAAACGUAGACUAUUUAAACAUUAAGAAAAUGUGCGGGUUUUUUCUGCCAACUGAAAAUUUGUUACAAAAGACAGUUAAGACAUCGGGAACGCUCCCUCUGGAACAAAACGCAAUAUGACAAACAUUGUGACAGCCGAUGCCGACCAAAAAUGACGUAAUAUCCGAAACAGAUCACCAAUGGACUCAUUUGAAGUAUAUGAAUGGUGGUCUGUUUUGGUGUUCAGAAUCCACAAUACUUCUACUUCUGCCUGCAGGGUUUUCGUUCCACCGACAAACAGACGCAUUCCCGAUGCAGAGGUGGAUGGAUUCUCCGUUUUGCCGGUUGUGGUGGUUUGGCACGCACGAGUUGCAUUUCCAUUUGUAGUGCAGUGCAUCGUAAAAAUUCUAUGCGUCAUCUUCGUUAUGCAUCGUAAAAAUUCUAUGCGUCAUCUUCGUUAUGGAUUUUAAAAAAAAAACAAAACUUUGUCACGGAUAUAAUUUAGGUUGCACUGAGAUGUUCUUGAAAAUUAAGACCACGGUGAAAAAAAAUCCAGACUUACAACAGCUAAUACUUUUAAUACCUUUAAUAAUGGAAAACUAAAUUCAAUGCUUUUUUUAAUACUUUUAAUAACCCGCGGGUACCCUGAUUUUGACAGUCCAAAAAGUGAGCGCGAUUGCACACCUGUGUGACUUGGGGUACCUCACGGUUCCGUUUCAUUAAUUUUCCCCUAUGCAUUUUUUAUAUACUCCAGUUCACUCGGCAUAAUGUCAGGAGGGAGCGAUGACUUAAUUUAUGCUACAUUACGUGCAGCGUCACGUUCCCUCCCAGGACGGAGUUAUUUCCCCCUUGUAUUUGUCCAAUCAAUGAGUGCGCCUUUUGUCCAUGUGAUGCUACUCGGAAAGUUCGGUUGGUGCGAGGUAGCUCUCCAACCGGACUCUGGUCCUCUUGGUCUAAUAUGAAACCGCCCAUGUCCAAAGGUGAAAAUGAGGAAAAUAAAAGAGGCUAACGUAAAAACCCAAGAGUGUGGUUUAUUUAUUGAAGGAAAAAAAUAGACGAGACAACAGCAAUGUUGAAUACUAAUAGCCCCCUUGACCGCCACCUCUGUAGCCCCCACCUCCUCUGUAGGCCCCUCUGAAGCCCCCUCUGCCUCCAUAACCUCCCCCGCCAUAACCUCCUCCACCGUAGCCGCCGCCUCCUCUGUAACCGCCGCCGCCACCUCCUCUGUAACCGCCCCCGCCACCCCCUCUGUAUCCGCCCCAACUUCCAUACCCUCCUCUCCCUCGGUACCCUCCGCCUCCUCCCUGGUAGCCCCUCCCUCCUCCUCCUCCGUCAAAACGUCCCAUCUUGGGGGGUCUAGGGCCGUCGCCCAUCCUGCAAAGACAAAAAGAGGGC